AUGGAAACGCCUUCGGAUCUGAGGACAACUGCGACUAUAUGCCAUGAAGAAUAUCCUAGUGCCAACUGCGAGAACGCCAAUUUUCUCACGGAAGGAGUUUUCGGACAACCUCAAGCUGGUGUGCCCCGAGAUACUGCUUUACACUCAGUGAUGACGGGGGCCUCAUCCACAAACAGUAGAGCUUCUUCGUUGCUGAACAAUGAGGGUCCGUCUUCUGCGGACGAAUCAAAUGAUCAGACACUGAAUAUCACUGCGAGAAGAGGCAAUCCUCAAUAUGCCUUCAAGGUGCAACAAGUAGCGCAAGCCUUAAAGAUCAAGGCAUUGGGUGUCAGGGCUAAGGCAACAUUCUAG